AUGCACUGUUUUUCAUUCUUGCGGAAUAUUGCGAUCUACACCUGGACAAUCAGCUUCAACUUCACUCCCAGCUCCGGGAAACUACAUGGUCAGUCUGUAACCAGAUACGUCGUGGAAUAUCAAAACCACCAUGCACUCGUUCAAAAUCAAACAGCUUACUUCAGGAAUUUAUUGGAAACGCACUUGAAGAGCAACAACAUCGGGUUCAAUGACAUUACGCCGUUCAAUGAAGCCCCCAGCAUUUUUUCCGGCUUCUCACUUUCAGUUCACACUCCACACAAUCCAAAAACCAUCAAAGCGGCCUCCUUUGUCAAAGCAAUCUUUCCCGUUCUGCCAGUCGCACGCCCGGUCUUUCUGCACACACCCAGAGUUCUCAACACUCUACAGGUGGGGAAUCCGGCGGAUGUUUUCGAGCCUCAUGUUCAAGUUGGCAUAUCACGUCUACACAAAAAGGGAUAUCGAUGCAAAGGGAUCAACAUAGCCGUCAUUGACACUGGCUGCGAUUGUCAACAUCCGGCCUUGGGAAAAGGCUUCGGGAAAGGAUUUAAGAUUGCGAAAGGAUACGAUUUUGUGGGCGACGCUUACAAUGGAUCGAACCUGCCGAUACCCGAUGACAAUCCAUGCACGUCUUGUGCUCUGCAUGGUACUCACAUCAUGGGUGUUCUCGCCGCUAACGAGAAUACUAUGGGCUUUCGAGGAGUAUGUCCAGAUGCAACAAUGUCCUCGUACCGAAUAUUUGGCUGUGAGGAAAAUACAAACGACGAACUGGUCGCUUCAGCCUUGCUGCGAGCGUACAAGGAUGGGGCCGAUGUUUUCUCGUUAUCUGUUGGCGCCCCCGGUGGUUGGGCUGGGGGAUCGAUAGCAGCAGUCAUAGCCAGCCGGAUAGCCAAAAGGCGCGCAGUCGUAGUCUCGGCUGGAAACCUGGGCGAUGAAGGUAUGUUCUUUGCCACCUCGCCAUCCACCGGCACCGGCGCGAUCUCGGUAGGAAGUGUCCAAUCGACAGCCCUUGUAUCAUAUCCUUUCACGACUUCCCUCACUGGCUCCCGAACUUUCAACUACUUUGCUACCUUUACUAUGGAGCCUGGAACCUUUCCUGUAUACCCGAUAAGCUCUACGAAGGAUGGCCUGGAUGACGCCUGUACACCGUUACCAGCCAAUCUACCUAAUCUAUCGCAACACAUCGCAUUAGUCAGGCGUUCCGAAACACACGCAUGCACAUUCGAAACCCAAUUGGGCCACUUGCUCAAGAAAGGCACACACAAGAUCCUUUGGGCCAAUGUUUGUUACACAUUUUUCUUGCCUUCAUUGAUUGACCAUUGUUUUUUUGACUAUCUGUUGGGUGUUGCUACCCCGGUUCAACUUAGAAUAACUCUUUCCCAGAAUACGUCGCGCGUGAUGCUUGCUGCCCCCGACAGCGGCAAAGUUAGUCCGUUCUCCAACUAUGGUCCCAUGUUCGAUCUCGAAUCACCGCAGCCUGGGGUACUUGGAGUUGGGGGCAACGUCCUAUCCACUUACCCCGUAUCCGAAGGUUCAUUUGCUAUCGCCUCAGGAACGUCUAUCUCCGCGCCACAGAUGGCGGGUAUUGCAGCUCUGGUGAUCAGUACGCAAGGGAAAAACAUCAAUCCACAUGAAAUUUACACCCGGAUCGCUUCCUCAGCGACGCCUGUUUCAAAUUUCAGCGAAACUGGUAUUCUGGAAUCCGUAUGUCAUCAGGGUGCAGGCCUAGUCAACGCUUGGUGUGCCGCAAUGGCGACCACUGUGGUUUCAACUCAUUCAUUUUCUCUAAAUGAUACCCUCCACUUCAACGGGACGCAGUCUUUCUCUAUUACAAAUAAAGGCAAACGAUCUGUUUCAUAUACCGUCGAGCAUGUCACUGCUGGAACCGCCCUCACUUUUUCCGAAACCAACGUAGCAAACCGAUGGCCAGUGCCGCUCAUUCCUGGCACUGCAGACGUGUCUUUCUCAGUCUAUGAAUUUGUGCUCCGCCCAGGCCAAACUCGCAAGCUCCAAGUGAAAUUCAAAGCGCCUUUAGGUCUAGAAGAAAUCUCGCUUCCAGUUUAUUCAGGUUUCGUGAUCCUUAAAUCCGACACAGAAUGCGAGAGCCACACUAUCCCUUACUAUGGAGUAGGUGCAGCAUUGAAACAGCGACCAGUGCUCGACUAUGGAUAUAGCUACCAAGACAAUUAUACUUUACCCGCACUAGAUAGUGGUUUGACUGGAUUGCCGGUCGAGGAGGGACAUACCUUCACUUUGCAAGGGCUUGAUGUCCCAAUUGUUGAAUAUCGAUUAGCGUUCGGAACUCCUUUGGUUCUAUUUCACAUUGUCAAAGGGGACACUGUUAUACCAACAUCUCUUUUACCUCAACAAUCUUCACAAGAAAAAGCACCCAACCCAGAACCGCAUCCCGCAACAACCCCUCCACCCUCUCCUAAAGUUUCUUCUCAAGACAGUACCGCCAACUCGCCACAAAAUGGGUCAAUUAAGCCGUUUGAACAAUUACAAAGAUGGAAGCCAAGACAUGCGUUGGCUGACGCUGCUUCAAUCGCUUUCAGCGGGAAGAUAUAUGACUUGAGUGUUGCGAACUAUCAUCACGCUAAACCGAUAACAGUCCCAGACGGAAAAUAUCGAAUUCUAGUGAGGGCUCUACGAGUGACAGGCGACCCUCGAGAAGAAGAGGAUUAUGAGGCCUGGCUUUCACCGAUUUUCACCAUCCGUCGUUCCAACCAAAAGCCUUAAUAAGCCGAUAACCCACUAAUCUGCCUGUCAUAUCAUAUAUCUCUCAAAACAAUCCAACUCAACAAGCCUUCCUACCUUCGCCUUUUAUGUAUUCUGAAUUUCCGCGGAGCGUACUGGAUUUCAAGCCCUCCAAAACUGCAGCUGGUUCUAGUCUAUUUCGAUUUACCGUGUUCAAAUCAACUGCCGGAAGAUCAUUUCCAAUCAAAAGACAUUUCAAGCUUCAUCAGUUUUCUUGCCUAUUUGUAAACUUCACAAAACUUAAUCACCACCUCAUUUCUUCAAUUUCUUGUUCAAUAGAAAACCCCUGAAUUCCGGGCCUACAUGUGCAAACAAUUCCUUAGGUCUGCUUUGCUCAAUCAUAGAGGA